GCUUUGGGACUUUCCCUUUCCCGUUUUUAGAGCUAGGCCUAAAUGAAAUUAGUAUAGUACAGAGGCCUAGAGUUUUAUAAAAGUAAGACCAAGGUAAUCCAUAGAUACAAGUAAAAAAGUGGUUUAUUAACCAUGGCUACAAGGAAGUCUGUUGAAGGUAUUGAUAGCCUGUUGGCGAUGAUAGAUGAGUGCAAGUUAUCUCAGGACGUGUAUGUGUUAUUUUGCGGAGGAGUAGACGCCGCCACUGGCCACAGUUGGUGUCCAGAUUGUGUGAAAGCGGAGCCAGUAAUUGAGGAGGGAUUGAAAAAAACACCAGAAAAUAGUAUAUUCAUUUUUUGCUCUGUUGGUGGUCGAGAUUACUGGAAAGAUCUCAAUAAUGAUUUCCGUAAGAAUCCACAAUUUAAACUUACAGCUGUCCCUACACUGCUUAAACUGGGAACGUCAAAGCGUUUAGUGGAAGAGGAAUGCGCCAGUGAAGAACUUGUUAAUAUGCUUUUUGAGGACGAUUAGGAAUGUCGGCCAUGAAUUGCAGUAGGUCCAGCCACCGCCAGCCAAUCUUGUAUGCCAGUAUAUAUAUGAGAUGGUCUCUGAUUUUUACUAUUGACCAAUAAAUCAAGAAUAUGUUAAUUAUUAAGUAUGUGAUUUAAAUCUGAAUGUAUUUAAAAGAACACAUGCAACAAUAAAUGAUAUAGGAAAGAUUA